GGAGGCCGCCGGGAGGAGGGCCGCGUGCCGCGCCUGCGGGGAGGACGGCGGACGGCGGACGGGGCGGCGAGCGGAGGACGGAGGACGGGCCUGGCGCCGGAGACGUGGCCGCGGAGCCGGGAGCGAAGCCCGAGAGCAGCCUCCGGAGCGGAGACGUUGGAAAUGUGCCAUGAAGGAAAGUGUGAGCAGUGACGUUCCUGUGCCUCUUGCAGACUCGUCCCGGCAAGAUGUCAGCCAUGCGGACACGGAUGCUGCCCACCCUGCUGCUGCUCCUCACCGCCACGUGCCUGGGGGAACUUCUGGAUGUCUGCGGCUAUAUCGACCCUGAGUCGCCGGUUGUGCAACUUGGUUCUAAUUUCACUGCGGUCUGUGUGCUCAAGGAAAAAUGUAUGGAUUAUUUACACGUCAACGCUGACUACAUCUUCUGGAAAACAAACCACGUGACGGUUCCUCGCGAGCAGUACACUGUUAUCAACAGCACGGCGUCGAGCGUCACCUUCCCAGACUUCUCCCUGUUAAACACCCAGCUCACCUGCAACAUCCGCACGUUCGGGCAGAUCGAUCAGAACGUGUAUGGGAUCAGCAUUGUUUCCGGCCUGCCUCCAGAAAAACCUAAGAACUUGAGUUGCAUCGUGAAUGAAGGGAAGAGAAUGACCUGUCAGUGGGAUCCGGGGCGGGAGACGCAUCUGGAGACAAACUUCACCCUCAAAUCUGAAUGGGCAACGGAUAAGUUCCCUGACUGUAAGACGAAGCGCGGCAGCCCCCCUGCCUGCACCGUGGAGUACCUGCCCAUCUACUUCGUCAACAUGGAGGUCUGGGUGGAGGCGCGGAACGCCCUGGGGGAGGCCACGUCCGAGCACAUCAACUUCGACCCCGUGAACAGAGUGAAGCCCAUUCCUCCGCACAAUGUGUCGGUCAGCAGCUCGGAGGAGCUGUCCAGCAUCUUGAAGCUGAGCUGGGUCAACUCCAGCAUCGACAAGUUCAUCGGCCUGAAGUACGACAUCCAGUACCGGGCCCGGGGCACCGCGGCCUGGAGCCAGAUUCCUCUUGAAGACACAGCGUCCACCCGCUACUCCUUCACGGUCCAGGACCUGCGGCCCUUCACGGAGUACGUGUUCCGGGUGCGCUGCAUGAAGGAGGACGGCCAGGGCUUCUGGAGCGACUGGAGCGAAGAGGCGCGGGGGACCACGUCCGAGGACCGACCGUCCAAGGCACCGAGCUUCUGGUAUAAGGUGGAGCCGUCCCCUGCUCACGGCUACAGGUCCGUGCGGCUCCUGUGGAAGACCCUGCCUCCGUUUGAAGCCAAUGGGAAAAUCUUGGAUUACACAGUGACUCUCACGAGAUGGAAAUCACAUUCACAAAACUACACAGUCAACGACACGAAGCUGACCGUGAACCUCACCAACGAUCGCUAUAAAGCAACCCUGACAGCCAGGAACCUGGUCGGCACGUCCGACGCCGCUGUGCUCACCAUCCCUGCCUCUGACUUCCCAGCUACUCGCCCCGUAAGGGAUCUGAAAGCGUUUCCCAAAGACAGCCGGCUGUGGGUGGAGUGGACCACCCCCCGCGAGCCCGUGAGCAAAUACAUCCUGGAGUGGUGCGUGCUGUCGGACAAGGCGCCCUGUGUCCCCGACUGGCAGCAGGAGGACGGCACCGUGCACCGCACACACCUCACAGGGAGCCUGGCAGAGAGCACCUGCUACCUAAUCACGGUCACCCCGGUGUACAGCGACGGGCCGGGGAGCCCUGAGGCCGUGAGGGCGUACCUGAAGCAAGCCCCGCCCUCCAAGGGCCCUGUCGUGCGGACGAAGAAGGUGGGGAAGAACGAAGCCAUCCUGGAGUGGGAGCAGCUCCCUGUCGACGUGCAGAACGGCUUCAUCAGGAACUACACCAUCUUCUAUAAAACCAGCCUGGGAAACGAGACCGCCGUGAACGUGGACUCCUCCCACACGGAGUACACGCUGUCCUCGCUGACGAGCGACACGCUCUACAUGGUGCGCAUGGCGGCCUACACGGACGAGGGCGGCAAGGACGGCCCCGAGUUCACCUUCACCACCCCCAAGUUCGCCCAGGGCGAGAUCGAGGCCAUCGUGGUGCCCGUGUGCCUGGCGUUCCUGCUGCUCACGUUGCUGGGCGUGCUGCUGUGCUUCAACAAGCGGGACCUGAUUAAAAAGCACAUCUGGCCCAACGUCCCCGACCCGUCCAAGAGCAACAUCGCCCAGUGGUCUCCGCACACGCCACCCCGGCAUAACUUCAGCUCAAAAGACCAGAUGUUCUCGGACGGCGCGCUCACGGACCUGAGCGUGGUGGAGAUCGAGGCGAGCGACAAGAAGCCGCUCCCGGAGGAGCUCAAGGCCCUGGACCUGUUCCGGAAGGAGAAGCUGAGCACGGGCGGCCACAGCAGCGGCAUCGGCGGCUCCUCGUGCAUGUCCUCGCGGCAGAGCCUGUCCAGCGGCGACGAGGCCGAGGCGGCGUCCGCCCAGAGCGCCGCGAGCGCCGUGCAGUACUCCACCGUGGUGCACAGCGGCUACCGCCACCAGGUGCCCUCCGUGCAGGUCUUCUCGCGCUCCGAGUCCACGCAGCCCCUGCUCGACUGCGAGGAGCGGCCCGACGAGCUGCCGCCGGGGGAGGGCGCGGACCCGCUGCCCCGACAGCAGUACUUCCAGCAGAGCUGCCGCCAGCCCGAGGCCGGCCCCCCCGGCCCCGCAGGACGGCCGCAGCCGGGAGCCCCGGCCGGCGAGGACCCUGUUGGACCCGGGCAGCCGGGGUCUGGGCAGCUGCAGGCAUUCCAGGAGGUCCCUGCGGCGGACGCCUUUAGUCCAGGGUCCCCGGGGCCGGAGAGGUUGGAGGCGGAUGGGGUGGAGGCCGCGCUCAACCUUGAUGAGGGGCUGCCGAAGAGCUACCUCCCGCAGACGGUGCGGCCUGGCGGCUACGUGCCCCAGUGAGGCGCCCGCCCGCAGGCCGCUGGGCACGGCCAGUCUGCGCCUCAGAUCCCCGGAGUCCCACUCCCUGAGGUGACAGCGCGCCUUGUGGACAAGCGUGUCCCAUCCUCCGUCCCAGACCGUGAUCCACUCACACACUACAUGCCGGCCCCCCGCGGGGCUGCCACGGCCUCGGUGCCCGAGGAGCCGCCUCAGGGCACCAGGACCCUUUGCCAGGGCGCCGGAGGCGCUGCCGCACCGCUGGGCUGAGGGCUGAGGGCUGGGGGUGACAGGCGUGGUCCCACCCUCCCCGCGGCCCCAGAGCUCACCCAGCGGCACAGCUGGACGGCCGUUGUGCUCUGACCCGGAGGCUCCCGUGCGAUCACGGCACAGACUCGCCCCUGGGACUGAUGCUGCCGCAGCUGCAGGAGCGGGUUCUGGAGUUCAACUUGCAAAUUGAAAAUCGGUUUUGGACCUUCUGUCAUCAGUCACCUGAUGAGUUUUUAGAAUGUUCCUGUCCCUGCUCACAGCCUCCUGCAGCGUCUCAGACUCGGCUGUGCCCAGAGGGACGGGCCAGGCUGUCUGCGCCCACGCCGCCCGCAGCCGAGUGCGAGCCUCCCGUGUGAACGUGUUGCUCUUGCGGGUCUCGGGCCUCAGGCGGUGCCCUCGCCCCCGAGGACAGGACGGGGAGAGGCUGUGGUCCCGUCACCACAGAGCGGAGCCCCCUGGGGGCUGGCAGGGGAGGGUGCGCGGGGGCGGGGGUGGGGUGAGCAGGCCACGUGCUCUUUGCUGCUUCACACGCCACCGGAGAGGAGACUCGGUCCUGACGGUGAGAGCAGCUGCCUCGACGGGAGGCCGUCUGAAGGUCACCUCUGAGGUGGAGCAUCAGCGUCUACGGCAGGUUUGGGGGUAAACUCCAGCGUGCCUCAGUUUAAAAUGUUGCUAGUAAGUGCCAGCCCCUCUCGGGGGAGUUGCAGCUUUGCUGGGAGGGUCUUGCCUGGAUGGUGAGGACGAUCUGGGGCGUGAGGAAGAGAUGCAAAAAGAAGGCCUGUAGUCCUCCGUCGUCUUCUCCCUUUGGGUCUAAGAACCAACUCCAGCCCGUGCACUUCCGUCCGGUGAACGAGGCGAUGGCUGCACUGCCAGGCACUGAGCUCCCCGAGCAGAACUGUGACGACUGCCGGGCGCUUUCUGGGUCAUGUUCGUCCUGUUGCCCAGGCGAGGUCACUUCGAAAAGCUUCUUGCACUUUUCUGUGAAUCAAGAGAAGAUGGAGAGAGAGCCCGAAGCAGGAUGGUCCCAGUUCCCGCGACGCUGUGAGCCAGUGGACCCGGGGCCUGGCCCUCCCGCUGGUCCCGGCGGCCUUUCCCGGACCGUGGGCGGGGUGCAGGCGACGUCAGAGGGUCUGGGCCAAAUGUGGCAUCUUCUGGAUUCAUGGUUUUUCAUGUGCUGCUGGUGUGCGCGUGAGCGGGGGGCCUCGGGUUGCGUGAAAAGCGCUUGAGGCCAGUGGCCACAGGGUGCCCGUCUCUGUCCCUUAAGCACAGCCUUGGUGAGUGAGGGCUCCACGCGUCCAGGGCUGACCACCAGCACCCUGGGUGUCACAGAUACGGGGGCGGUAAGGUCAGUGUCUGAGUCCUUCGGUCUCAACACGCGUGUGUGAACAGUGGGCGCGGUGUGCCUGGGCCCGUGUGCUGUGCCCCCUGCACCGGCCCCGCCCGCCCAGGACACCCGCCGCCCCCACUGGCUCCUAGCCAGGCCGGUCAGGAGUGUGUCCGUGAUUUUCCUCUGCAGGAGUUGCAUGUGCUCAUUGUAGCCAGCUGUUUAUGUUGACGUAACGACAUGUAUCCUAAGUGUACUCGCGUAUCACCUGUAACCUCCCACGUAGGCAGUAAACCUGUUCACUCUGUG